AUGAGUGAAUUUAACGUUGUUUUGCGUGUUAAUAUUAUCGAAGCAAAAGAUUUGGCUGCAAAAGACAGAAAUGGGUUUUCUGACCCUUUCAUCACGAUGAACAUUGACGAUGCUACUGACCAAACCCAAGUCGUUAAUAAAAGUUUGAACCCAAGGUGGGAUGCAGUCUUUGAUCAUAAAAUUGAUCCGGAAAACCCACCUAAGCAAAUUCACAUGACAUGCUGGGAUAAAGAUGUGUUUGGCAGAGAUUAUAUGGGUGAAAUCUUCAUCUCGUUGGAAAAUUUAUGGGGAAAUAAUAAUGGUUGUAUCUCAUAUAAUGAUAUGCUUAAUUUGCCACAAUGGUAUCCAUUAACUACAACCCGCAAAAGUGAAGAUGUCUCUGGUCAAGUUUUGGUUAAAAUCGGUCUUAUUGAUAAAGAUAAUAAAUUCAUAGAUGCACGAGAGUGGAAUUCAUUCUGGCGAAAGAUAAACAAUUUAAGUAUUGAAGAAGUACCUGCUCCAGUUGUAAUUGAAGCAUCACCACCUACAGUAAAACCAACUCAUGCAAGAACCGAUAGCUUAUUCACACUAUCGGAAAUAGUUGGGGUAGUUUUCCUCGAGAUUGUUUGUGCUCUCGAUUUACCAGCAGAAAAGAACAUGACUGGAUUAGGAUUCGAUAUGGAUCCGUUCGUUGUUGUUUCUUUUGCAAAGAAUACAUUCCGAACCAAAAUCAUUGAUCAUAACUUGAACCCUGAAUGGAAUGAAAAGCUUCAUUUUCCUGUUAAAAGGCAGGAAUGCGGAUUUCAGAUUAAAUUCUCCGUUUACGAUUGGGACAAAUUUAGUCAAAACGAUCACGUUGCGUCUAAACUUUAUGAUAUUAAACCUUUAAUUGAUCGUGGUUUAAAGAACAUAUCAAAGUCUCAAGAUCUUCUAAAGGACAUGGAAGAUGGAUUGGUAGAAGAAGUCCUUCCUCUUAAUAUUCAUAGUAAAGAAAAGUUAGCAAAGAAACAUAAUUCCAAGCUCGUUAUCAAAACCAAAUUUAUACCCUAUGAACAGCUUCGAAGACAAUUUUGGUUUGCUCUGGCUAAGAAUUAUGAUUCGGACGGAAAUAAUCUGUUGAAUUAUGUGGAGCUUGAAACUAUGUUAAGCUCUUUGGGAUCAACUUUGACACAAGAAACAAUUAGCAAUUUUUUCACUCGAUUCGGAAGAAAUCCUACAAAAGAUGCAUUAAAAUUCGAUGAAGUUGUUGCUUGCUUGGAACAAUAUUUAGGAGAUGCUUCAAUUUCGCAUCAUUCUGCAGAUGUUAACGGUGAGGAAGCAGAUAAUGAGCAUUUGAUUUACCUUCAAAAUUGUCCAAUUUGCAACAGACCAAAUCUUGAUCAGUUAUCCGAAACCAAUAUAAUCACUCAUAUUGCGAUGUGUGCAAGUUCUGAUUGGGGUAACGUUGAUAAAUUUGUUACCGGGGAUUUUGUCACCGAAUCUCAAGCACAGAGAAAGUGGGUAUCUAAAGUUAUCUCUAAAGUUGGAUUUGGUGGCUAUAAGAUUGGCGGGAAUAAUGCCAAUAUUAUCGUUCAAGAUCGCUUGACAGGGCAGUUAACUGAAGAGAAAAUGGCUACCUAUGUCCGUUUGGGAAUUCGUUUAUUGUACAAAGGUGUUGGCAACGUCGAUUCUACAACGACAAAAAAUCUCUUGGAAUCCUUGUCCGUUAAACAGGGGAAAAAGUUUAAUCAUCCUUCCUCUGCAGGAGAUAUUAAUGCAUUUAUUAGAUUCCAUCGUCUUGAUGUAGAUGAGAUUGCGGAUCCGUUAGAUUCAUUUAAGAACUUUAAUGAAUUCUUUUACCGCAAGUUGAAACCUAGUGCAAGACCAUGUGAUUCACCAAAGGAUCCUCACGUUUUAGUGAGCCCAGCAGAUUGUCGUAUGAUGGCUUUCCCUACUAUAACUAGUUCAACAGAAUUAUGGAUUAAGGGUCAAAACUUCUCAGUUGCAAAGUUAAUUGACGAUGAAUCGAUCGCUCAUAGAUAUGAGGGUGGCAGCUUAGGAAUUUUUAGAUUGGCGCCACAAGAUUAUCAUCGAUUCCACUUCCCAGUAGAAGGAGAAUUGGAACCGGUAAAACAUAUUCCCGGCGCUUAUUAUACUGUCAACCCGAUGGCUAUUCGUUCAACACUCGAUGUGUACGGCGAAAAUAAGAGAGCUGUAUGCUUUAUCAAUUCUCCUCAAUUCGGUAAAGUGGCAUUUGUCGCAAUUGGUGCUAUGAUGGUCGGUUCUAUUGAAUUCACAAGCACGCCAGGUUCUUAUGUGAGAAGAACCGACGAACAUGGUUAUUUUGCUUUUGGAGGAAGUACUGUUAUCCUUUUAUUUGAAAAAGGAAAGAUGUUGUGGGAUGAAGAUUUAUUGGCAAAUUCAAAAACUUGCUUGGAAACUCUGCGAAGAAAAUCACAGAUGGAUAAAAACAAUUAUUUUCAAGAAAUUCAAAAUCAAUGUUCAUACCAAGGAAAUUUCUACAAUAAUAUUAACUCGUAUAAUUACACACAAAAUUGCUUCUAUGAAAAUCUUCAUAUUGAUCCUAAAUUGCUACAAUUAAACGCGACUAACUCUUAUUCUGCUGGACAGAAUUACUCUCCUCAACCAUGUUAUCAUAUGACUUCUAUUAAUUUGACCGAUAAUUUUUCGGAAACAACGUGUGCUGAUUGUUUAAUCACUUACGCUCCAACAUGGAGAAUUCGUCAAGAUGGGAAAAAAGUGUGUAACGCAUGCGGGUUGUACCGAAGAAAGUAUGGUAGCAAGCGACCACUUGAGGUGACCAGAGAAGGCAAAGUAAGAGUCAAGCGAAGGAAUAUCUCUGCGAAUCAACCAAAGGUUUGCGCAAAUUGCGGGAUCAGUGAAUCUACUUGUUGGAGAAGAGUUGGAGGAGAAAGGCAUUGCAACGCUUGUGGGUUAUUUGCGAAAAUCAAUGGACAACCAAGACGUGUCAAGAAAUUCUUCCGAUAG